AAGCCACCACCUCUAGAACCACCCAAACCAGACUCUACACGACGCCGCCCAAGUCCAGCAGGACCACAAGAACAAGGGUCUCAUGUAAUCAAUCAUACCAAUCAUCACUGUCCAGCUGCCUUCAUUUACUAUACCAAACCCGUCUCAGGAUUCACACCACUGCAUACACGCACAUAUACACAAAAAGCAGCAUGGCAGACGAGUGGCCCGCCCCAGCACCCCCCUCCGACCCGUCCGCGGCCGUCAGCGUCAAUGUCGACGACUACGGCGAGACGCUGUCCUUCCUGCGGUGCUUCGACACCAUGUUCCUGGUGGACGACUCGGAGCACAUCGCCCCGUACUGGAACGACGUGCAGGCCCUGCUCGAGCGCAUCGCCCCCGUGUGCGCCAAGUACGACCCAGACGGCAUCGACGUCUUCUUCCUGAACCACCGGCCCAAGGGCCUCCUCUCCAGCAUGUCCUUCCGCAAGUCCGGCUACCGCCACCUGGGCGGGCGCGCCGCGGGUGCCGACGGCGUGUCGGCCCUGUUCGGGCGCGUGCGGCCCGGCGGCAAGUGCAACCUGGGCGCGCGGCUGGGCAAGCUGCUGUCGUGGUACACGGACAAGCUCAAGGUGGACGAGGACGGCGCCGCGCUGAACCUGAUCGUCAUCACGGCCGGCGCCUUUGACGACGACGUCAAGAAGCCACUCGUCGCCGCCGCCAAGAUGCUCGACGAGCUGCGCGUGCCCGAGCACCAGAUCGGCAUCCAGCUGUUCCAGAUCGGCCAGCCCAGCCCGGAGCAGAAGCGCAACUUUGAGUAUCUCGACGACGAGCUGUGCAAGGAGGCCCACACCAGGGAUAUCGUCGACACCGUCACCUGGUCUGGCACCCCCGGGUCGCUGUCCAGUGAUGACCUUGUCAAGACCAUCCUCGGCGCCGUGGUCAAGAGCCUGGACGAGCGG